UGCGCGCUUUUGGGAGCGAGCGAAGCAAAAUGGCGGCGGCCACAGGAGAGGAAAGCUGAGGUAUUGCACGGCUGCAGCAGUAGACUUUUUUCCGCAAUGCAAACUUCCAUUUGGCGCAGUGGUGUGAUUCUGAAAAUUCAUGAUGACAAUGUAUGCGAUUUAAGAGCAUAUUCAAGCGAAGGCAUGAAGAAAGUGAACCUGAAGAUGGUCACCAGCCAGCCCAAGUAUGAUCUAAUUAAGGAAGUGGGCCGAGGCAGCUAUGGAGUGGUAUAUGAGGCACUGGUUCGCCGAACCUGUCAACGUGUGGCAGUAAAAAAGAUUCGCUGCCAGGCGCCAGAAAAUGUUGAAUUAGCGUUGCGUGAAUUUUGGGCACUAAGCAGUAUCCAGGGUCAACACCCUAAUGUAAUCCACCUGGAGGAGUGUGUCUUACAGAGAGAUGGCACAGUACAACGCAUGCUACAUGGAUCCAGCUCUGGACUGUAUCUACCGUUGGUGGAAACAUCUUUGAAAGGCGAGAUUGCAUUUGACCCCCGCAGCACUUACUGUCUUUGGUUUGUCAUGGACUUCUGUGAUGGAGGUGAUAUGAAUGAAUACAUUUUAAACCGAAGGCCGAGUCGUCGCACCAACACCAGCUUUAUGCUUCAGCUUAGCAGCGCUCUUGCAUUCCUGCACAAGAACCAGAUAAUACACCGUGAUCUGAAACCUGACAACAUUCUGGUGUGCAAAGCUCGUGAUGGCAUGGAUGAACCCACAUUGAAAGUAGCUGAUUUUGGGUUAAGCAAAGUAUGCUCCAGUUCAGGGCUGAAUCCAGAAGAACCAGCAAGUGUCAACAAGAGCUUUUUAUCCACAGCUUGUGGAACGGAUUUCUACAUGGCCCCUGAGGUGUGGGAGGGUCAUUACACAGCAAAAGCAGACAUUUUUGCGCUUGGCAUUAUCCUAUGGGCCAUGCUGGAGCGUAUAACUAUCUUGGACACUCACACCAAGAAAAUACUUCUUGGUGGCUACGUGCAGAGGGGCACUCAAGUGGUUCCUGUUGGAGAGGCAUUGCUGGAAAACCCUAAAAUGGAACUCCCUCUUCCUUUAAAGAAAAAGUCAAUGAAUCGACGCAUGAAACAGCUGCUUCAACAGAUGCUGUCCGCGAACCCUCAGGAGCGCCCAGAUGCCUUUCAGCUUGAACUUCGCCUGAUUCAGAUUGCUUUCAGAGACUAUACAUGGGAAACGUGAAAUGUUCCAAUCUGGAGUUUGCGAGGCAUUUUGAAAUGGAUGUAAAUUUCUAGGUAUGUUUAAUUGCAUUGCAGGCCUAAUGACCCUAAUACAGUUCUUGUACCUGUAGAGCGAUAACAGUUGUAAUGUUAUUUGACUCACUCUUGUUUUACCUCUUUGCGUCCUGCCUUAAUGAGCACAUGACAAAUUUCUGUUUGCAAGAACUUAAAGAAACCAUGUAAUAUACAGUACUUAAAGGCUUUUUUUUCUUUUUUUUUUGCAGGAUUUUGAUAUUGAUGGCCUAUCCUCGGGAUAGGUCAUCCAUAUCGGACCAGUGGGGGUCCAGCUUCUGGCAUACUUGGCCAAUCAGCUGUUAGAAGAGGCCAGCGAUGUCACAUACAAUGGUCUUAUGGCCUAGGCACAGCUCAGUCUCUUUCGAGUGAAUAGGCCUGAACUGCAGUACCAAGAGCAGCCACUGUCCAGUGUAUAGCGCUGUGCAACUAGGCCUUCAGUAUCAAAAUCCCAGACAACCCCUUAAAAAGUUACCACAGGAAAACUCCAGCUGCCAGGCCAGCAGACUCCCAUGAAUUAUAAGAGAUAAAUGCUACAUUUGGUCGGGGUCCAACCACUGGGACCCUCACUGAUUUCUAAAACAUAGGACCUUAUUUCACCCAGCCGCAUGACUCCGUGGCUUAGAGUUUGAAUGGAUUGUUGGUCAGGUAUGCACCCUGCCACUGCAUUUAAAGUCUACCUAUCUAGGAUUUAUCAUCUAUCCGGUGGCUACAUAAUUCUGACUGGGAUUUCCCCUUUAAGAUAAAAAAAAAAAAAAGGUAACAGGUCCUCUAAGAAUGACUGGUGUUACUAGAAUCUCAACCACUGAGGGUAUCCCUUUAUUUUUAAAGAGGUUGCCCCAGAUGUCUCCAUGGCCAACCAGGCAUUUCCACUGCAGCAACUUCAACACAACAAAUGUAAUAUUAUAAGGCCACCCACCAGUGAAAUGAAUGGCUAUCCUUGCAAAGUUUUCUACACAAUAGGAACCGCUCACAGGGCAGCUCUCAGUCAGGUCUCAUUAGUGGGGGUGUCAUGAGCAUGGACCCCCUCUAUGAGAUCCACAUGCUGUAAUUGGGCAUGUGGACUAUAGUUAGGUUCAUGGAAAAAAAAACCUUUUAUUGAUGGGGAACCCGACUAAUGUCUUGGUUUAAAAGUGCUUGCUAAAUAUUGGGUAGUUGACCUUAUUACCGACAUGAGGAAAAGAGAGCAGAGUUUAAUUUUACCAUUGCACAUUCCAUUGGGACAGCUGAGCUCCCAAAGAAUGUAUGUGACUAGUUGCUGCUGUGUGAGUGGAGCGUGAGAUUGCAUGAAUCACUCUGAAUGUGUAUUUAUUAUUGCAGGCCGUACGUGUUCAUUGUCACAGGCGACUUUCCUUCUGUCUUUGAAUCGGCUUGGUGGCAGCCUGAACAUCUGACAACUUGUUGACUUUAAAAGGCUUUUCUGAGAUUUUCUUACUGAUGACGUUUCCUCUGGAUAGGUCAUCAGUAUCUGAUCGGUGGGGGUCCGACACCCUGAACCCCUGCUGAUCAGCUGUUUGAGAAGGCAGCGGCGCUCCUGUGAGCUUACCAAGCACGGUGACGUACAUUCGUGCUCAGUCCCAUUCACUUGAAUAAGGCUGGACUGGUACUAGGCCACGUGACACAUGAACGUGUUGUCACUGGCCUAGGAAAAGCGGAGAGAAGGCCACUGCGCUCAUAGGAGUACUGCGGCCUUCUCAAACCACUGAUCAGCGGGUGUCUCGGGUGUUGGACCCCCACCAAUCAGAUACUGAUGACUUAUAUCAUGAGGAUAAAAAUCUCGGAAAACCCCUUUAAUCCUUAUGUGGUGUGCAGGACCCUGUGUUACAGCAGAGACAGAGUGUAAAGUAAAAAAACAUGUAACUAAUAUGUUUUGAAGCAUACUACCGAAUAGUCAUUGUUCCACCACAGGUCCUCAAAGGUCAUUCCCCCCGCCCCCCCCCCCCC